AUGACCUGCAGUGACAAGAUGCUCCUCAAUGUGCGCCGUGGGUUGAUGGAUGUGUUUCAGUACCUGCCGCUCACCCUCCUCCUCCUCCACCAAGCAAUGUGUACCUGCGACAGGGCAGAGGUGACCGGGGCUGUGGGCAGGUCUGUCACCUUCUGCCUCCAGAGCCCGAAUGCCGUCACUGCCUGGAGCUUUCACAAUGAACUCAUCGUGACCGUGAGAUUUGGCAAUCCUCCUGAAGUCACGUUUUUUGACGACAACUACAAGUCGCGCUUGGCCUUCCCCAAGAAUGGCAGUGCGCUCAGCAUCUCCCAGCUGAAGAUGGACGACGCUGGUACCUACACCGCAAAGACCGCUGGGGCAAAAACCACCUUAACCACCUUCACCCUACAUGUAUACAGGGAGCUGGUGGUGCCGACGGUGACCUGCGCGGCACAGAACUGCUCGGCUGACGGCUGCCGCUACACCCUGCACUGCACCACAUCAGGCCCCGGCUCCGGCAACGUCUCCUACGUCUGGAGCACGGGGAACCGGCUGCUGGGCGAGGGGCCCAUGGUGCUGGUGGAGGAGCCACCCCCGGAUGAGCCACCGCUGAUGUGCAUGGUGCAAAACCCUGUCAGCAGACGCAACGCCACUGUCAUCUCACCCGCUGCCCUCUGUACAGGCACCUACUCGAGCAGCUGGACUGGAAUCAUGAUUGCGUUGGUGAUCGGAGUCGGAGGGCUUUUAGUAAUGCUCGGCUUCUUGAUCUACUGCUGUAUAUCCAAAGAGGCCGGAGCAGAGUACACGACGGUGUAUGCCCAAGUUGGCCCUUACCAGCAGGUGGGUUUGUGCAGGUUCAUCCCUGUCCUCCCGGUGCACUUGCAGAGUUUCUCCACUGGACAACAAGAUGACCCAAAGAAGACGCCGUCCGCUGAUGGGGAGACCUCCAAAACCAUUUAUUUCACCAUCCAGGCUACGGGCCAGACAGACGAUGAGAAGAUGGGAAACGGCGUGCCGGCGUGCCGGCAGCAGGAUGAGAAAUGCCACUACACAUCGGUCAGCUAGACAGAACCCCUGGCACAGCCCUGGCACGGCUCUGGUGUGCCUGUGAACCUCCUUUGA